UCUGUGGCGCGGCUUCCGGGAGCACGCGCUGAGGGAGGAGCGGCUGCGUCGCCUUGUUGGGGAGCCGCUGAGGUGGGAGAGCGGCGUGGGGCGUACGGGGUGGGAGGACGGAGCGGGCCGGGCCGGGGCGACGGCCUGAUUGCGGGUGGAGGCGCCGGCAGGCCUGUUCCCUGGGGAAGAGCAGCCUGGCCUCCUUCCGCUCUGCGCCAACUUUGGGGUGUGGCAGUGAAGGGCCUGUACGCCGGGCCUGGACUGGAGCGGUAACUGCAGCCACAGCAGCACUAAAUCACAAGUCUCUAGUCCCGAUUAUCCGCGAGGAUGUGAGGCCUCCUCAGCCUCACUUCUGGUAAAGGCCUGCCCCGCAGAUCUCCUGUCACCUUCUGCCUUGCCCUUGCUAGCCCAGCGUCAUCAGGGCUGCAGAGGCUGAAACAGGUCGAGUGUUGUUAAGGACGGCCACAAACUGAGUUCCAGAUUCCCACCAUGUCAGGGAAGCGGAAGCGUGUGGUAUUGACUAUUAAAGAUAAACUUGAUAUCAUAAAGAAACUUGAAGAUGGAGGUUCUUCCAAGCAGUUGGCGGUGAUUUAUGGAAUUGGUGAAACAACAGUCAGGGAUAUAAGAAAAAAUAAGGAAAAGAUCAUAACUUAUGCAAGCAGCUCUGACUCCACAAGUCUUCUGGCCAAGAGAAAGUCUAUGAAGCCAUCCAUGUAUGAGGAACUAGACAGAGCAAUGUUAGAGUGGUUCAAUCAGCAGCGAGCUAAAGGGAAUCCCAUAUCUGGACCAAUUUGUGCCAAACGGGCAGAGUUCUUUUUCUACGCUCUGGGGAUGGAUGGUGAUUUUAACCCUUCUGCUGGUUGGUUAACACGCUUUAAGCAGCGACACAGCAUUAGAGAGAUUAACAUUAGAAAUGAACGAUUAAAUGGAGAUGAGACUGCUGUGGAAGAUUUUUGUAACAACUUUAGAGAUUUUAUCGAACAGGAAAAUCUGCAGCCAGAACAGAUCUACAAUGCAGAUGAGACUGGACUCUUUUGGAAGUGCCUACCUUCCAGGACUGCAAUAAUUAAAGGCAAAUGUGCUGUCCCUGGGCACAACUUAGGUGAAGAAAGAAUCACCGUUAUGUGUUGCACCAAUGCAACAGGCUUGCACAAACUUAAACUUUGUGUUGUGGGCAAAGCAAGGAAACCUCGUUCCUUCAAGUCAACUGACACCUUAAACCUGCCUGUCUCUUAUUUCAGCCAGAAAGGUGCAUGGAUGGAUCUCUCCAUUUUCCGACAAUGGUUUGAUAAGAUUUUUGUGCCUCAGGUUCGAGAGUACUUAAGAUCCAAAGGCUUGCAGGAGAAAGCAGUGCUCUUGCUGGAUAAUUCCCCAACACAUCCAAAUGAAAAUGUCCUGAGAUCAGAUGAUGGUCAAAUAUUUGCUAAAUAUUUACCACCUAAUGUAGCUUCAUUGAUUCAACCCUUGGGUCAAGGAGUCAUAGCAACCAUGAAAAGAAACUAUCGUGCAGGUCUUCUCCAUAACAAUUUGGAAGAAGGUAAUGACCUAAAAUCAUUCUGGAAGAAGCUGACUCUGUUGGAUGCACUUUAUGAAAUAGCAAUGGCAUGGAACUUAGUAAAGCCAGUUACUAUUAGCAGAGCUUGGAAACAGAUUCUUCCUGCCAUGGAAGAAAAAGAAGGGUUGGACUUUGAUGAAGAUAUUUCUGGUGCUACUGUGGCUACCAUUUUACAGCAUACCAAAGGACUGGAAAAUGUGACUCCUGAAAAUUUGGAAAAGUGGCUUGAGAUUGAUAGUACUGAGCCAGGGUAUGAAGUGCUGACUGACAGUGAAAUCAUCAGAAGAGCCCAAGGCCAGACAGAUGAAUCCAGUGAAAAUGAUGAGGAAGGAAUUGAACUGAUUCCAGAGAAACAUAUAAAUCACACAACUGCUCUCCAAUGGACUGAGAAUUUAUUAGAUUAUCUAGAACAGCAAGGUGAUAUGAUUCUACCUGACAGACUGGUAAUACGUAAGCUUAGAGCCACCAUCAGAAAUAAACAGAAAAUGACAAACCCAGGUCAAUAACAGCAUUUGAAUUUUAUCAUUGUUAUAAUUGUAUUUGUGACUCUUUUCAAUGUGGUGUAAUUUUAUUCAUGUUAUACAUUGUCAAACUAAUCCUGUGAAGUACAUAUCCAAAGUAUAUCCAAAGUGGUUUAAGAAUUGUGUUUCAUUAUGUGUCUUAUCCCCUUACUUGUUUUUUUUUUUUGUUGUUGUUGUUGUUUUGUUUUUGGAGACAGGGUUUCUCUGUGUAGCCCUGGCUGUCCUGGAACUCACUCUGUAGACCAGGCUGGCUCGAACUCAGAAAUCCAUCUGCCUCUGCCUCCCAAGUGCUGGGAUUAAAGGCAUGUGCCACCACCGCCCAGCCUUAUCCUCUUAUUUGUAAAAACAGAACUCCCCUUAUUUGUAAAAACAGAACUACUUCUGUGUAUAUAUAAAUGGCACUCAUAUAUUUGCUUCUGCGAAUUAGUGACCUGUUCUCUAGGAGUAGCAUUCCUUACAUUUUCUAGCUUUAGAAGUUACAGUGAACAGAUUGAGCACUUUCCUGAAUUCUUUUGCUUAAAUUUUAAGGGCUGCAAUAGCAAUCUUUUCUUGUGCUAACCAUAUUAAAUGGUUGUCUGGUUUUUGUAUUUGUAUAGGCUGAAAAUUAAUUAGAUUUUAGGAUGAUAUAUAAUAAUAUAAAAAUGAAAUUCAGUAAUAAUGGUGGAGAUCUAUGAAUUAUAAAGAAUAGUAUCAUGUCUGUUUUCUUACUUUGUGGGUGGAAAAGAUAACUCUGGAAAUGCAUUAUUUGUACGAAGUCAUUUUAAGUGAGAGAAAACAGCAAGCUGAUUUUUGGGAAGUAUCAUUCAUUUGAAGGAAACGGUAUUGAAAAUUUGGGAAACAAUGGGUUAUUUAUACAAAGAAAAAUAAUUUGGUCUUUUAUUUUGAGUUGAAUAACAGUAUAGAAUUAUUUAUUUACCUAAUUUUUCAUAAAUGGAUUUAAUUAUUACAUGUAAUAGUAACUUCCACUAAUAUUUGGGAAACAUCUGAAAUUUGAAAGUUAUUUUUUUUUUUUUUACUGAGUCUUUAGAAAUAUCUAUAACUUGAAAAGCUUUUGUCAUACUUGGCUGAUUUUAUUUGAUAUGAAAAAAUAAACUUUUUAUUUUAGAUAAUUCAUAUGUUUGUAUUCUUUUUUUUUUUGAAGAAAGCAGAAAUAACUGGGAUGUGCUAGGUAUAACAAUGUUAAUUUUUUUGACACAAAAAGUAAUUUUGUAAUUUGUCCUAAGAAUUUUGACAGAUUUUCUUAAUUCUGCUAAUCUAAGAUAUAGAAUAUAGUUUGCAUAUGUUACAAUUACUAUUAUUUAAAAGAAAAGUAUUUUUAUUAUAGCAUGUCUGAGCUCAAAACUUAUUAAAGAACAGAAUUGGUCACA